AUGGCAGCGGCGGCAGCAGCGCUUAGAGCGGGCCUGUGCGCGAGGCGCGUGUGUAGCGGGACGCGCCGCUGCUUCUCCGGAGCCGGUGGCGGCGCGGGGCUCCUGGCCGCUGAGAGGGGGCACGAGCCGGAGAGCCGGGCUUCAAGAUUCUGCCCUCCAGCACAUUCUUGCAAUGAUUGGAUUGGUCCUCCUGACAGACAGUCAAACCUCCGACCAAUAGUAUUUCAUAUUCCUAAAAAUGAAUCGUCACUGGGACGAAGACUUAGGGAAUUUAGACAGGAAACUCAAGUUUGGAACCAACAAUUCUGGGCAAGCCAAAAUGUGUCAUUCAGAAAGGGAAAAGAAGAAUUCGUUUACUCAAGACUGAAGGCUAAAGGUCUGGAAAUGAAAGAUGAAACAGGUCAAAAGGUAACAUUGAGUGCAGAAGAAAUGGCAGAUUUUUACAAGGACUUUUUAAGUAAAAAUUUUAAAAAGCACAUGUGUUAUAACAGAGAAUGGUACAAACGUAAUUUUACUAUCACGUUCCUCAUGGGACAAGUGGCCUUUGAGAGGGCAUGGAGGAGGCUUGGCUGGAAAAAGACGAAAGUUGGAAAUUAA